UCCAGGGCGGCCACCGCGGCAGCGGCUGAACUUUGCUCUUUCGCGGGAGGCGGGGAGAGCCCCUGGGCUCGGCGGAGCGGGUCCCGCCGGACCCGGACCGGGACCGGGCUGCAUGUACCGGAGGUGGCGGCGGGGCCCGUAGGGGCGAGGGCGGGCCGGGGCAGCGCCGCCUUCUUCUCCUCCUCCUCCUCCUCCUUCCCUGCCGGUGCCGCGGAGCGGAGAAGCCACCGGGGGCGGGCAACGGCGGCCCCCGCAUGCGGCCGAGCCCCGGGGCUGCCGCCGCGCCCGGAGCCGCCGCGCCCCGCGGGGGGAUGCGCCGCGCCGCGCCCCGCUCCCGCCGCCGCAAAGUUUCCGCGGGGCCCCCCCGUUAACGGUGGGGGGGGAAGGAAAGGAGGAAGCCCUGGGAUAGAAGAAGAGGGGGGGGCGGAACAAACCUCCCCCCCCCCCCAAAACCGCGAACCGGCCGCCACCCCCCAAAAAAACUUGCUCAACUCGUUCCGGGAGGCGCCGGGCGCCGCGCUCCGCUCCAUGCGGCGGCGGGGCCGGCGCUGAGCCCCGGGGCCGCGGAGCCAUGGCCAUGGUGGCCGGCGGCUGGGGCGAGCCCAACGGCGGCGGCGGCGGCGGGGAGGAGGAGGCGUCCCCGGCGGGCGGCGGCAGCGACGCGGAGCACGGCGAGGAGGAGCGGGCCGGGGCGCCGGUGGACUGCGUGGUGUGCGGGGACAAGUCCAGCGGGAAGCACUACGGGGUCUUCACCUGCGAGGGCUGCAAGAGCUUCUUCAAGCGCAGCAUCCGCAGGAAUCUCAGCUACACCUGCAGGUCCAACCGCGACUGCCAGAUCGACCAGCACCACCGCAACCAAUGCCAGUACUGCCGCUUGAAGAAGUGCUUCCGUGUGGGAAUGAGGAAGGAAGCCGUGCAGCGGGGUCGGAUCCCCCCCAGCCACUCCAGCACCAGCCCCAACACACUGCCCAGCGGGGAGUACUUCAACGGGCAGCCGGUGUCGGAGCUCAUCUCACAGCUCCUGCGGGCUGAGCCCUACCCUGCUGCCCGCUAUGGCUCGCAGUAUGCCCAGCAGGGCAGCGUCAUGGGUAUCGACAACAUCUGCGAGCUGGCCGCACGCCUCCUCUUCAGCACGGUGGAAUGGGCCCGGAACAUUCCCUUCUUCCCAGAGCUGCCCGUCUCCGACCAAGUGGCACUGCUGCGGCUGAGCUGGAGCGAGCUCUUUGUCCUGAAUGCGGCGCAGUCGGCGCUGCCGCUGCAUAUGGCCCCGCUGCUGGCUGCUGCCGGCUUCCAUGCCUCCCCCAUGUCCGCCGACCGCGUUGUCUCCUUCAUGGACCAGAUCCGCAUCUUCCAGGAUCAGGUGGAGAAGCUCAACCGGCUCCAGGUGGAUUCGGCCGAGUACAGCUGCCUCAAAGCCAUCGCGCUCUUCACGCCAGAUGCCUGUGGCCUGUCGGACCCGGCGCAUGUGGAGAGCUUGCAGGAGAAGGCUCAGGUGGCCCUCACAGAGUACGUGCGGGCGCAGUACCCAUCGCAACCGCAGCGCUUUGGGCGGCUGCUGCUGCGGCUCCCGGCUCUCCGCGCCGUGCCGGCCGCGCUCAUCUCCCAGCUCUUCUUCAUGAGGCUGGUGGGGAAGACGCCCAUCGAAACACUAAUCAGGGACAUGCUGCUGUCUGGGAGCACCUUCAACUGGCCCUAUGGGACAGGGCAGUAGGGGACAGACACCCCACAGCCGGACCCAGAUUUCCUCCCAUGCCCUGAGAUGGUGCCACUC